AUGCCGAUGACACUUACCGUCGGUGUCCUGGCUUUACAGGGCGCCUUUCUCGAGCAUCUGAUACUGCUCAAACGAGCUGCAAGUCAUUUACACAGCCAAGGUCUCACGGCCUCCUUCGACUUCACGGAAGUAAGGAACGUUGAGCAGCUUUCCCGUUGCGAUGCAUUGAUUAUCCCUGGUGGCGAGAGCACAACCAUUUCCCUAGUGGCAGCGGAGUCCGGGCUGCUGGAGCCUUUAAGAGACUUUGUCAAAGUUGAUCGGAAGCCAACCUGGGGAACAUGUGCCGGGCUUAUUCUGCUAUCUGAGGCAGCAAAUGCCACCAAGAAAGGAGGCCAGGAGCUCAUCGGUGGCCUAGAUGUUCGGGUGAACCGCAACCAUUUUGGGAGACAGGUCGAAAGUUUUCAGGCCGACCUGAACCUCCCAUUCUUGAAGUCGGAGGAACCAGUGUCAAAUGAACCGUUUCCAGGAAUCUUCAUCCGAGCGCCGGUUGUCGAAAAGAUCUUGCCUAAUGUCGAAGGUGUUCAGAAAGGAGAACAGCAAGUGGCUCAAACCGUAGUUGCCCCGUCCAAAUCUGCCAGAGACAAACAAGCACGGCAAGCAAUGAGCUCGCACGUUGAUGUUAUGGGUGUGCUUCCAGGUCGGCUUAAGAAGGCAACGGCCGUUGGGGCUGAAGUAAAUGCUGGAGAAGAGGUCGGCGAUAUCAUUGCAGUCAAGCAAGGCAACGUCUUUGGGACGAGUUUCCAUCCGGAACUGACUGCCGAUAUUCGAAUACAUGUUUGGUGGUUGAAACAAGUCAUGGAUGCAGUCGGAAGAAGUCCUGUAACCGGGUCGGCGUGA